AUGGUUUCCAUUGAAGUAUGCAAACUGCUAAAUGAUGCGGAUGGGAAUUCUGUUUCAGAGCAACUGAAAAAGCUGUUUGGCAAGCUUAAUAGAAAUCAAGUCCCUGACACCAAAGGUAUAACACAUAGUCUUGGGAUCGCUGACGUGCAUCGGCAAGAAGAUGCAUCAGAAUACUUUCAGAAAAUAUUAAGUAAAGUCAAUCCUGAUGUCACAAAGAUCUAUGAAGGUACGAUUAAAGAGACAAUAACUUGCAAGAAGGAACACCCGCUUAAGAACGACUCCAGCCCAUUUACCCUCAUUCCACUGUCAAUUAACAACCCCUCUUCUGGAAUCAUCAGUGUGGAGGGUGCCUGGAAAGACCAUUUCAAAAGCACAGAAGCAACACUUUACUGCAGCUCAUGUGAAUCUGAAACAUUGGCUCAAUUUGAAUCUAAAAUAAAUGUGUUUCCACAAAUACUAGCCCUGCAUCUGGAUCGGCUUGAUAUUUUCUCUGGCCAAAAGAAUACCUGCAAAGUGAAGAUUCCAUCCACACUUACCGAUAAGGGGCAGAAUUAUGAACUGUAUGCGAUCGCUAACCACCAUGGCACUCCCAGGGGCGGCCAUUACAAGGCAUUCAUUAAACCAAAUGGAGACGAAAGCUGGUGGAUUUUUGAUGACUCGCAUGUCAGAAAGAUGGAGGAAUUGCAGAGAGAGAACCUUCUGAAUUCACCUGCAGCAGAUUUGCUCUUCUACAAGAAAAUCUCUUCCGAUGAUCUCAAGGCAGAAAAUACCCUGGAGAAGGGAAAUGAUCGUUAUCCAUCACAAGACCAUCGAAAGCGUCCAUCCAAAAGCAAACCCGAAAAAGAAGAAGAAGAGGAGGAGGAGAAGGAGACGACGAAGAAGCAGAAGAUGUCUUUUCCAAUGUAAAAGAAUGAAAUAUCUUAUUUCUGAAUAUAAUUUUCGAAACAAAACAAUUUUCUUCAUGCAUUUUAUGCAAGAUGUGCUUCUCAUACACACAAAGCAGUGGAUACAGGCAGUUGGUCAACCCCAUUGUGUAGUCGUUAAAAUAAAUAAAUAAAUAAAUAGCUGUAAAACAACUGAAAUUAUUCAGCAACAUUAUUUCCACUAUAAAUGAUUGCCAUUUGCCACUGAUGUAACACAUAUGUUUUGAAUGACCACAUUCUUUUCAGAUGGUAAGAUGAAAAAAGCACCGGGUCAAGUUACAUGAAAUAAUUUAGGA